AUGAGAGCCGCCACAAUGGUGCAGCAACCUCCCACACCGCCUAAUGGCAGUGCCGAACUCCAGUACGGACUACACCACCUCAUACAGCAUAACGCAGGAUGGAACCUCCAGUAUGACGGACAGGAAGCCCAGUACCUCAGUCGUCCAGGAUCACAUUACGAUUCGCCUGCUCCAAUUUUCACACCUGUUUAUCGGAAAAGACGCAAAGGAAAGAGACUGAUGGCACAGAAGGACAAUUACGGAGCACAGCCGGGGUAUUAUCAACAUGACGGCCAAUACAAUGGAAUACAAUAUUCUCAACAUGGUAUGCUUUCAGGUUCACCGCCAACCCCGAGAUCAACGACCGACUAUAGCGACGCAGGAAGGCACACCAGAAGUGGACGCUCCAUCGCGCGGUCCGGGUCGCCUCGCGUCAGCAAAUCUCGACCCAAACCAUCACCCAAGCCAAAGAAAGCAAAAGCACCGAAGGCAGACAAACCGAAAACGCCAAAGCUGACUGCGCCCUUGAGCAUCUUGACCAAAGACUAUGACCAUAUCCCGGUUCGGAACAUGGAAGAAUGGGUGAAUAGGCCACCUGAAGUGCGUCGGAAAGAAGUGGAGAAAAGAAACGGAUACGUGACAAGACCCAUGAACUCCUUCAUGUUGUACCGGUCUGCGUAUGCCGAGAGAACAAAACAGUGGUGCUUGCAAAACAACCAUCAAGUCGUAUCUUCGGUCUCUGGAGAGAGCUGGCCAAUGGAGCCUCCAGAGGUCCGAGAACUCUACAAUGACUAUGCGAAGAUUGAAAGAAUCAAUCACCAGAACGCGCACCCGACCUACAAGUUCUCUCCAAGCAAAGCAGCGACCACGGCGCGGAAGCGGAAGGGCGAAUACUCAGAUGACGACGAUGAGCCUAGCGACCUUGAUGACCCUGAUGCGGACUGGGGUCCACCUGGCCAUCGUAGGUCGAGACCAAAACCACGUAGGCCGGGGAAGGAAGCUGGGUAUCCAUCCAACAGCGACUUGACGAGCGGUCUCAAUAACAACCGCUAUUUCGGACCCAACGGUGGCCUGAACAGGUCGAGCUGGGAAGCCAACAACGAAGGCAAACCGCUACCGGUGCCCAUGGGUCAGGGUGAUCUGUAUGGCCAGUACUACCAGACGACCAUACACCAGAAUAUGACAGUCCCAGGCAUGGAGGAUGUGCAUAUGCGGAAGAUGGGUACUCCUGGAUCAUCCAUGCAAUUCUCCCAAGACCCGUCGCUUAUUGGUUUGCCUGGAGGUCAGACUAGCGACUGGUUACAACAAUUGCAUUCACAUGCCGGCACACCUUUGAAUGAGCCCCAGGUCGAUCCAAUGUUGCUUGCCUAUGAUGAUCGUGGCCUGGGCGGUCAAACUGGCCACUUGGUCGACGGGGGCACCCUUCUGGACCACAACUCCGAUUUCAAGUUCAGCAAUGGUCAUUACGGAAUGAUAGAGCGAGAGCUUGAUCAAGACAGCGUGCACAGCCUUCUUGCUGGCGAUUCGGGACAGGGCGAAUACCACCCCGAGGCCUGGCAGGUUGAUCCGACUGUUCUGCAAAUGGAGCAGGGUUCCGAGUUUGAUAAGUGGAUGGACGAUCAUCACGCUAGUUAG